AUGUUGUUGGAGAUCAUAUGCUGUAGGAAGUGUGUUGAUUAUAGCAGGAGUGAGGAUGAGGUGAUUCUUGAGGAAUGGGUUUAUGACUGUUAUUCAUCGAGGAAGAUUGGGAGUCUGAUCGGGGACGAGAAGGUGGAGGAGAGAAAAGUGGAGAGGAUGGUGAAGAUAGGGAUAUGGUGUGUGCAAUAUGAUCCGUCGUUGCGUCCAACAAUGAAAAAAGUUCUGCUAAUGUUGGAGGGAACUGUCGAGAUUCCCAUACCUCCAUGCCCGAGUAAUAUUCCCAAAGAGAUUGGCCAUCUUAAUAGUUUAGAAUCAUUAGACAUGGCAUCCUGCGGACUUAAUGGAUUGAUUCCAAAAGAAAUUGGGAACAUGACAGCCCUCCGUCGUGUAUACCUCGGCAACAAUGCAUUAACUGGUGUUAUUCCUGGUGAGAUUGGCCAGCUUAAUAAUUUAGAGUAUAUGUCCAUUGAUUCUAACAAGUUGACUGGCCCUUUACCCCUGGCCUUUUUUAACAUGUCUCGUGUGAAGUCUAUUUCCUUGAGACAUAACACACUUAAAUGGGACAUUGCCAAGAGAAAUUGGGAACAUGAAAUCACUCCGAGAUUGUACCUCAUUAAUAAUACUUUAACCGGUGUGAUUCCAGAAGAGAUUGGUCGCCUUGAGAAUUUAGUUGCACUAUACAUGAAAUCCAACAAUUUCAUCGGCCAUUUGCCUCCAGUCAUGUUCAACAUGAAAUCACUUAAAUCAUUAUCACUUCACAAGAAUGCUUUGACUGGUAACAUUCCUAAAGAGUUGUUCACUGCCAAUAUCGAGAGUAUUGAUCUCUCCAAUAACCAUUUUCAAGGGUUCAUACCACCAGCUAUUGCAACAUCCCUCAACUUAUCUUAUCUUGACUUGGCAAAUAACAAUCUCUCAGGCUCUAUACCUUCCACCAUUGGAAAUCAUUACUCCUUAGUAACCCUAAUCCUCCAUUCCAACAACUUCAUUGGAGUGAUUCCAUCAUCCAUUUGCAAAUUGAGUUCACUCAAAUUCCUACAUCUAUCAAACAACAGUCUGCAUGGAUCAAUUCCAAGGUGUUUGGCAAAGCUAAGUAUAUCUUUGCAAGUUCUGCACUUGAAGGAGAAUAACUUUGAUGGCCUCAUUCCACCAUCAUUUCCAAAGGGUUGCGCUCUCAAGUCUCUGAACCUCAACAGCAAUAAACUUCAAGGAACACUGCCGCGAACCCUAGUAAACUGUGGGAAGCUACAAGUUCUUGAUGUUGGAAGCAAUGCGAUACAAGAUGCGUUUCCCUUUUGGAUGGAGGAUCACGUUGAUCUCCGAGUCCUCGUUUUGAGAGAUAACAGAUUCAAUGGUAGCAUGCUUCUACCCAUUGCUUAUGGUGAGAUAAGUAGUGAUGCUCCAUUUGGGAAGUUGCAAGUGUUUGAUAUAUCUCAUAAUGGAUUCAGUGGGCCCCUCCCAACUAGAUAUUUAACCACCUUCCCAGCCAUGAUGAAUGCCAAGGAAGAUGUUUCAGAAAAGAGUAACUGGUUCAGCAAGUAUGAGGAAUCAUUGGUGGUUGUUUUGAAAGGCACAAAUCAAUCAUUGGUCAGAAUCUUGAAAGCCUUCAUCACUAUUGACAUGUCUAGGAACAAAUUCUCGGGAAAGAUUCCGGAUUCCAUAGGGAAUCUUAAUUCACUCAAGUACUUGAAUCUGUCUCACAACAGUCUCACUGGUAAGAUACCAUCAUCCCUUGGAAGUGUAAAAGCACUGGAAUCAUUAGACUUGUCUUCAAACCGGUUGAAUGGUGAGAUUCCGAGGAAGUUGACAAUGUUGAAUUUUCUUUCUACUUUAAAUCUUUCGGUGAAUGAUCUUGUUGGAGAGAUUCCUCAGUCUGGCGGCCAGUUUCCGACAUUCGAUAACAGCUCCUUCAUUUGGAACUUGGGAUUAUGUGGAUUUCCUCUGACUAGAAAAUGCAAGCAAGAUCCCUUGAAUCCUCAAGAAAGUGAGGGUUCUAAUUUUGUGGAUGGACUUAGUUGGCGUCCGGUGGUUUUGGGAUAUGGAUGUGGUUUUGUCAUAGGAGUUUCGAUAAGGCCUAUUGGAGCUACAACAGGAUCAAUAAGGAUGAUGGAGCUAACUUUGUCGAGGGCAUUUCGCUUCAAGCAUUCACAUUUGAGCAUCUGUCCAAAGCAACAAAGGGCUUCAAGGAAGAGGUGGGGAGAGGAGCAUCAGGGUUCUGCAGCAUGGCCAGAAAAUGGUGGCAGUGAAGAGACUGGAGAAAGAAUUCACACAAGGAGAGAGAGAGUUCCAGACAGAGCUGAAUACGAUUGGGAUGAUGUAUCACCGAAACCUAGUCCGGCUCCUUGGUUACUGUCUCGAUGGAGCCCAUAA